UUCUGGGGAAACUUAUGGGAAUAUCACCACAAGGUUUUACAAUGGAGAUGUGCCGACGCUUGUCGUCAAAGAUCUUGAUUUCUUGUCCUACGUGCUGGUGAAAGACUUCGGCAACUUUAUGAACCGAGGGACCACAAUGCGCACCGACCAGCAGCAUCCGCUCCUGAAACAAGGUCUGCUGCACGCCCGCGACUUGCAGUGGAAGCGCACCAGGAGCGUCACGUCGCAUGCCUUCACCGCUGCCAAGUUCAGACAGGUAUUUCCGCACCUGGACGACGCGAGCGACCGGCUCCUGGAUCUGCUGGUCAAAGCGGGUGAUGGUGGUGAGAAAGAGGUCGCCGCCUACGAGCUGUUCAAACCACUCGCCAUGGAGUACAUUUCCCGUGGCAGCUUCGGUAUCGCAAACAACUUUCAGGAGGCCACACAUCACCCACUCUUCCGUAUGGCCGUUCAGGUGCUUCCAGGAACCAUCACCGGCCCCAUGCACAUGAUUGCCCAGUGUACGACGACGUUGCAAAGCGUGAUGGCUCCAUUGCUUUGGCUGAACAGCAAGGUUGGCAGCUUCACUUACGAUCGCUUUGCGAAGCUUGCCUACCAGGCCGUCGACAUCAGGCGCAAGAACCCACUGCCCGAUGGAAAGAAGGAUAUCCUGCAGAUACUUCUAGACGCUGAAACCGAGGAAGAAAAGGUUAAAGAUGAAGUUACCAACGGUCAGUUGAAAGUCGACAAGAAGAUGUCUUCGACGGAACUCUCUGUAAACACGGCAAUGCUUCUAAUCGCUGGUUUUGGGACGACCUCCGUGGCUCUGAGCUUCGUGUGCUACAUGCUCGCGAAUCACCCCGACAUCCAGGAGAGAGUCAGGGAUGAAGUGAAGCAAGUCAGGAAAAAAUAUGGCACCCUGGACUACACGGCGGUGGCGCAGGGCCUCAAGUACCUGUCCUGCGUGGUGGACGAGACAUUACGUGUAUUCCCUGUGGUAGUUUCGUUCACCACCCGGUCUGCGCGAGAAGGCUUUGAGUACAAAGGAGUGAAGUACAGCGCCGGCCUGAGCAUCAUGUCUCCUACCAUGGUAGUUCAGAAGGAUCCCAAAGCAUGGACCGAACCUGAACGCUUCGAUCCUGAUAGAUUCCUGCCGGAAAAUGUGGCCCAACAGCACGGCAUGGCGUACCAGCCAUUCGGUCAGGGGCCCCGCAACUGCAUCGGCAAGAGGCUUGCGCUUAUCGAGAUCAUCUACACGGUGGGUCGCAUUGUGGAACGCUUCAGCCUCGAGCCUGGCCCUUCGCAGAAGGAAAACCUCGAGCUUCGCUUCUACUCGAUGGUGUGCGAGCCUCGUGAGGGCCCUUGGAUCAAAUUCAAGCCCAUACCGGAUGAAGAGCAAGCCUGAACAUCGGAGCCAUCAGAAUCAGCAUCGUUUGCAUUCGCCGCCACAUGAACUACCUUUCCUCCACAUACUCUCACGAGAUUAUUUAAGGGUGCACAGAACUGUGCCCAAAAGCACUGCAUCACAAAAGCACGUUCACACUAGACUACAUCGCAUUACACUGUACUAACAACCUGCUGUGACAAUCAGGAUAGGGGCUUGCACAGGGUACCCUGUUAAGGGAAAGUUACAUUGCAGGACCUCCCCUUCCCCCCCUCACCCUUUGCCCCACUGCUAGAGUCCGAAGAACAUGCUUCACAAUCGAUAAAAAAUAAAUAAAAAUGAAGCAAUGACAUGCUUCCGACAAUAGCCAGCCUUUGGUCCCUAGCUUUCUUGAAGAUGAAGGGUAUGUUUUUGGAAUCCUUUUGGAAUCAUCAGGGCCCUUCAGCCGCCGUUAUGGAUAAAAAACCUGCAUGGUCAUAACUGAGUAAGCGCAUGGGGCAGACCUUGCACCAUCCUUCCCCCACCAAUUUUGGUGAUUAGGGGGCGCCAUUACCCCCUCCGUGCUCACGCCUUUGAUUGGCAUCACAUCGUGGGCUAAGUAGAUUGUACAACUGGUAACGCUGGCAGAACUAAAGCAACCGCAAUAUGCGCCACGAAUAGCCACUAUAUCAUAAACGCAUCAGGCGAUGACAGUUGUGUGCUCGGAAUACAAUGGAAUUUUGUUAAUACAGUUGUCACGGGAACCGGAAAGUAGAACGCAUUAUGCAAAAAUCAUAUUAACCAAUAUGGCUGACUGGCAGCGAAAAAAAAAAAUGCAUAAGGGAGAUAAACGUGUUCCGCACUGUCAUGUCGACGAGAUUUGACUGUACAUCGCAUUUGAAUCACCAUGCACAUCUACCUUCUUAGCCCAUCAAAAGGCCACAUGUCUGUACAUGUCAGUCAAGGUCACUGGCGAUGCUUGACAUCCUUUUUAGCUUUAUGAAGCAACAUGUACAGUUGAUGCACACAACAUUCGCAACAUUUUCUAUAUUUCCACAUGAUUUUGGGAUUCUCCAAAAGAAUUCGUUCUCGGAGACUAAUUUUGUAGCAUACAAAACAAACUUUAUUUAAUAAAAUAGCAACAAUAGUGGCAGAGCAUGCGAGAGAGCACUCCAGCAUCAGCUGCACACAUGGCACCAUGCGCCGGGGGAAGACCUUGAUACAAGUGGAUGCCGAGACAGCAGCAGCGGCAAAACACUUUGAAAACAAUAGACAUGGGCCGCCAAGGCCGUGCACUUUGUUCUUGUAUACGGCUGUCCACACACACACAUAUAUAUUUCAUACAGCAGAGUACACCUAGUCGGGUUCAGUAACUUGGGCUAGUCAAUGUUGCCGCACAUUCGCACCAACAACAGAUAGAAAGAACAUGUAACAGAAUAGAGAAUGCUUCAGCGAAAUC